GGUACUUUGCCCACAGUCUUGGCAGAAGAUGCAAGGUAGUGCUAAGAUGUUCGUCAGCAGAUGGAAGCGCGUGUGCUGAGCAGUCAUAUUCCUAUACAGGAAAGCCAAGGACUGAAUUCAAUGACGUGGUUUAUGAGUUCUCUUCCAAGGCGAUGCCCUGGACUAAGGCCAACGGUGCCUGUGAGAAACGGGGAGGACGGCUUCUUCGGGCCCUGAGCUGUCCGAUUAGAGACGCUCUGCAGGACAUGACUGUGGCAAGGGGCAGGAGAUCAGAGGCUUGGUGGGUAGGCAAGAGCCUGAUGGGCAGAUAUGAGGAAAAUCCAUUAAAUGGUGAAUCUACUGGGAAGAAAGUCUUGCGAGGGAGAGAGGAGGAAGCACCUGUGGUGAAUACUUUGAAUAAGACAUCCUACUACUGCUCAUACGUGGUCAUGGAUCCAUUCAAACUGACAACCACGCAGUAUUGCACCAUGAACCUUUCAUACAUCUGUCAACUAGAUCUGAAACCUUCAAUACAACUUCAGAGUGCUAACAACACUCGUCAGAGAUCAGCUCACAGAGCCAAGCGGGACACCUAUAAUGAAAUUGACAAUAUUUUGAGUACAAUGUCGUCAAAGCUAGGAAUGUAUGAUGCUUUCCUAGAGGCAGCCGUUAACUUCCUAGACACGCUAGAGACAACCGCAGAAGGACCCCCACAUAGCAAGAUGAUGCAAUAUAUGGAGCUUCUCCUCAAUGCAGCUGGCAAAUCCAGUCAGCUAGAGGAUAACCAAAUCAAAUUGCUCAUCAGCUGCACGGGGGGCAUACUCUCCCACAUGGCGUCUCGGUGUAAGCAAGGCUCAGGUGAUCCUGUUCAGGAGUAUGGUGACAUAUUUUCUUUGGUGUUGAAAAUACAUGGAGCUGUCACACCUACAGGGGGCAGUAGUGGCCCAAACAAUGAAGUUGUUAUAAGCACUCCAACAGUCACUAUUUAUACCAGCAGUCAUAAGCCAGAAAAGUUGAAGAAUCAGGUGAUCGGUUCAGAGAUGGAAGGCACGUACUUCAAGUUGCCCUCCUCACUUGGAUUUUUGGACAAGUAUGCCUCUGUCACAGCUGAGAUGUACAGCUUCAAGGAAAACCCAUUCAAAACGGACUCAGAUGAACCUAUCAGCGGGACCGUAAGCGGACUGGAGCUGAAGAAUGGCUCAGCCGAAAUCAGCGCCAGUAACCUAGCUGAGUCUUUUGAGAUUUAUCUGUCUCGUCCGAAUGCAUCAAUACCUCCCACCACGGAAAUGAACGUUGACAAUGCAAUAGCCAUCAUCACCUCAUUCAACGUCACAGACCCGGACACAACAGUGAUCCUCACCAUGAAACCGAACAAGGGGGUCAUUCUGCGCCUCCUCUUAGCACACGGCUCCUCGCCUAACGACACAACAUAUAAGGAGGAAGCUUUCUUGACUUCCAGAGAUAACUAUCGCUGGUUGGUGACUCCAGAGCUGCGUGGCAGGAUCAACGGGACCUGGUUUGUGAAUGCCAGCCUCAACUCCAGCUCGAGCAAGGGUCUCCAAGUCGCAAUCACGAUCUUCACCACAAAGUGCAUGUUCUGGGACAAGGACAAUGCCACAUGGAGCACCUAUGGAUGCUCAGUGGGGCCGAACACAAAGCCUAAUUUGACCCAGUGCUUCUGUAAUCACUUGACAUUUUUCGGGAGUUCCUUCUUCGUGGCACCCAACUACAUCGACCUGUCUCGCAUAAACGAGUACUUUGGCACUGUGUCGGAGAACUACGUGGUUGUGGUCCUGCUGAGUUGUUUCUUUGGCCUGUAUAUAUUGACUCUACUCUGGGCCUGCUAUGCAGACCGGCGGGCAUUGAGGAAGAGAAAGAUGACACUUCUGGAAGACAACCAUCCGUGUGCCAACUAUAAUUACAUUCUGCACAUUCAGACUGGCUAUCGCAGCGGGGCAGGCACCUCUGCCACGGUGUCCAUUGUCCUUCAAGGGAAGGAUGGAGAGAGUGAGGCCCACCAUCUCACUGACCCGGACAAGCCUGUGUUUGAGCGAGGCGGCGUGGACAUGUUCAUGCUCUCCACACCCUUCUGCCUGGGCGAGCUCCAGGGCAUCCGGCUUUGGCAUGACAACGCAGGAGGACACCCUGCCUGGUAUCUGAAUAAAGUCACCAUACAGGACCUCCAGACGCGUAAAGUCUGGCACUUUCUGUGUUACAAUUGGUUGAGCUCAAAGAAAGGGGAUGAGCUCAUCAAGAGGACCUUCACCCCAGCCAAGAAAAAUGAGCUUGCCAGCUUCAGCAAUAUCUUCCAGACGCGCACCUCCUCCGGGUUCAGGGAUGAGCACAUCUGGGUGUCCAUCGUGGACCCGCCACGGCGCAGCCCCUUCACCCGUGCCCAGAGGGUCUCCUGCUGCAUGAGCCUGCUGCUCUGCACCAUGGCCAUCAACAUCAUGUUCUGGAAGGCUCCGGUCGACGAAACUUCGCCUGUUAUCGUCCAGAUAGGUCCGUUGGAGAUCACCUGGGCGGAGGUCAUCAUCGGUGUGGAGAGCGGCCUCCUCAUGUUCCCCAUCAACAUCCUCAUAAUCACCAUCUUCCGCAGCAUCAGGCCACGCCUCCAGCCGCCAAAGGCCCCGCAGAUUGGCACGCAGAACCAGAAGGCUGUGGCUGUUGCCAUGCCAACUUUUCUCAAGGAAACGGAGGACGUGGUGAAUAUGCUCAGCAAAAGCCCCAAAAACCAAAUCAAGCCACUGGCAGGGAGGUUGCAGUCGUCUGCAGACCUGUCCGCAGCGUUGGACAUCAUUCAUGUGGUCAUUCAUGUGAUGCAAGGAGAGACUGAGAGCGAUUGCCAUUGGGUCCACUGCAGCCAUUUUGUUCUAUACUCCCUGGCCCACCUGUCCGAGUCCCUGGAGCGUCUGGGCGCUGGAGCCUUCUCCUGCCCAGAGGAGUACCAGUGCGUCAGGAGCAUGAUGGGAUUGCUGCUGAAGAAGGCAGAGAUGGUGGCCAUGUUUCACACCACUCAGAGGUCAGUGCUUGUGGUACACAGGAGGAAGUCCAGCUGUUGGCUCCCCUGGUGGUUUGUGUUUGUGGGCUGGUUCCUGCUGUUCUCCAUCAGUGGAGUGUCCACCUUCUUUACCCUGCUCUACGGCUUCGUCUACGGGAAGGAGAUGUCCAUUCAAUGGGUCAUUUCCCUCGGACUGUCACUUUUCCAGAGCAUCUUUGUCCUGCAGCCACUCAAGGUGAUAGCCGUGGCAAUCUUCUUUGCUCUGAUCAUGAGGCCAGUGGCAGUGGAGGAGAGCGAGGAGGUGGAGAUUCUCCUGAAAGAGCAACAGAGGAGACGCGAGCAGUACACCGGGAGGGAAACGGGACUGCAGGGGAUGAACUAACCUGAGGGACCCAAUCUGACAUGUGAAAUGUAUUUAUUUUAGCUCAAACAGUUCAUUGAAAUAAUGGCAAUGACACAUGUAUCUUGCUCUCAUUAUGUCAUAUUUAUCAUCAUUGUCUAUGAAUAUAAUAAUUAAACAGGAUAAAGGAAUGGGGACCAUUAAGAAAUCAAGAUUUUCAGAAUUGGGAAAAAGAAAUCAUAGAAUCACUUCAUACACAAAUUUGUAAAAGCAUACUAAAAUUACACAGAUCAACACCAAAUAAUGGAGCAAGAGCCGAAUUAGGUCAAUUCCCAUUAAUAAUAAAAAUUCAAAAAAGAGCAGUUACAUUUUAUAACCAUCUGAAGUCUAGUGACCCAAAAUCCUAUAAGUACCAAGCCACAUAUGUGACCACACAUUGGCCAUAGAGAGAGGCCGCCACAAACAAACAUGGCAACCAAAAGAGGAGAGGGUAUGCACAUGCUGCACACAAGAAAUCGAAAAUGAAAAACAUUUCCUUUUACAUUGUAAAAAAUUUGAAAACAUCAGAUCAAUAUAUUUCACAAAAUUUGAAAAAAAAAAUCCCAAAUUGUAGAAAUUUACAGAAUGACACUCAAAUCAAAUACUUAUUAGGAGAGUACCCAACCUUAUUACCACUAGCGGCAAGAUAUGUCACAGAAUGCCAUAAAGCACGAGACAGCCACUAGGCAAGCAAAUAUAAAUAUUUAUCCUUCCUUUUUUUUUUUUUCUCCAUUGUGUGCUAGUGUGU